CCACCCUCGCCCCCGCCAUCCCCACUGCCUCCAUCACCAUCGCCACCCCCUCCUCCUCCUCCCCCCCGUUCAAGGCCGCCACCAGUCAGCAGCCCGUUACCGCCUAGCCAGGUUUCCCUCUCCCAACCGCCACCCAAUUCGACAGCACCCAAUCGAUCAGCCCCGCCGCCUCCCUCCCCGUCCACACCCCUGGCUACUGCAAGACCCCCACCACCUUCAAUCCCAUCUAGCAUCCUUUUUCCUCCUCCUCCCGUUCCUUGGCUAAUAACACCUUCACCCUUAUCUCUUCCCUCAUCACCCGCGCCUCUGCCGCCGCCUACACCAGCAGUCCCUUUCUCGCCUCCGCCUCCUCCCUCCCCGACACCGCCCCCACCUCCUCCCUCCCCGACACCGCCCCCACCUCCUCCCUCUCCGCCACCGCCCCCGUCUCCUGCCGCCGCGGUGAUGUACUACUGGGCUACCUCGGCUGCCGGUCCCAAUGACCCCUCCGGCUCCAGCACCAGCCCUGGCUCCGUGAGCCGCCUGGUGGGGGCGCCUGGUGCCGAGGUGACCAGGAAGAGCCGCACAUGCAAGGCAGCUGCUCCCCUCGCCUGGGUGCCGACACUCGCGGCUCCCCGUACCGUGGCGGUCUACUUCAACCAGACCCCGGCUGCCAAGGUGGGCCAGGUGGGGGCGGUGGCGCUCUUCGUGCUCAACAAGGGCAGCCUCGACCCCGCCAUCACCGCCAUCGACCUGCUGCUGCAAACGGCCUCCACUCAUCAGCAGCAGUGGGUUACCAUGUACACGGGUGGGCAGGGGCAGCGGACGCAGCUGACAUGCCCGGGACUCAACCACUUCCCACUGUCAGCCACGGCGCUGGCGGAGGUGCUGGCGGCCGAGGUGGUGGCGGUCAAGGUGCAUGUUAACGAGGACCACCUUACCAGCAAGGCGGACCUGCCCCACCUGGCGGCUGUAGGACUGAAGCUGCUGCAGACCUGAUGAUGCACCAUGCAUGCAUGCAUGCAUGCUCAUCGACCCCUCCCUGUGGGUGUUGUGUGUGGGCUUGAUGAUCUGGUUGCCCUGCUUCCUGUUGUUUUGGAGUCAGCUCCGGGGUUUCGCUUGCUUGUUUGGGUCUUCUCCGUAUGGGUGGACUGAUGUUGGCCCUACCUUCUCAUCCGUUCUUACGUGUUGGUGGUGGGGGGCUUUCCUCUGUAUCCGGUUGGUUGUUCGGUUUGGCCCCGUUUUGAGUUUACGAGGUAGGGUGCCCCAGGCACCGUCCGCUGGCGUUUGAACGUAUACCUAAUUCUGUUGGGGUUCUGCUUUGAGGGCGAUGUUGUCCUGGUUUCUGAGUUGUGGUGUUUUUGGGGGUCUGUGUAUGUAUGUGCCUGUUACCCUAGAGCUUCCUGAGGUUUGCUUGCUGCUGAGGGGCCGUUUCUUGGCUCCUUCUCACGUUGGCUCGCCCCGAUUAGGGGCGUAGUCUUAGCGUUCACUCAAAAUAGUCCGGGCCGAGGCGUUAUGUCCUUUUUGUACCGUGAACAUGUCCUAUGGUGUAUCCCUGUACAUUUUACAUGUACCUGCACCGAUGUCGCAGAAACGCUCGAACAAGGUGGCGUUGUAUUCGUUGGUUUGCUCUUAGUUUGCUGUCAUGUUGAAAACAGAGAGAGGCUUACAUGUCUGAAGACGACCCAAGUGUCGUACAGGUUAAGGAGGG